AUGAGUGGUGUUCGGGUAAAUCACGCAAAAUCAGUCUUUACUACCAGAACAUUACCAAGUCAUCAUUCUAUUGCGACCGGCCUGUAUCAAGAAAGCCAUGGCAUUGUAAAUAACGAAUUUAUUGAUCCAGAGUUGAAGAUCAGUUGUUCCCUAUAUAACCAUUCAAGCUUACUUGAUUCACUAUGCUUUGACACUGGAGUGGAACCAAUUUGGUUGACUAAUCAGCGUCAUAGACACAAAAGUGCUGUGUUUUUCUGGCCUGGUAGUGAGGCCCGUAUUCGCGGGGAACUGCCAUUUAUUUCUGCCGGUCGUUAUGUUUCAGGAUACCCCUUAAAGGAUAGAAUAGAUAAGAUAAUUGAAUGGCUUACAAAUUCAGAAAUUAACUUUGCGAUGCUUUAUUUUCACGAACCUGACAAAACUGGUCACACUAAGGGUCCAAAUAGUCAUGAGAUUUUGGACAGACUUUCGGAAUUAAAUGAAGCCCUUGAUUACCUUCUUAAUCGCCUUGAAGAAAAUUCAUUAGGCCGAAUCAAUUUUAUCCUUACAAGUGAUCAUGGAAUGAGUGAAAUGAACACAAGUAAAAUAAUUAUAAUGGACAAAAUUAUUAGUCCCGAACUCUACUAUGUUUAUGGUAGAACAGAGUCUAUAUGGGGUAUCUGGCCUACUAAUGGUAAUUCUUGGUUUUUUAAUGCUCUAGAUACAAAAUCAAGUGUUGAUACAAUCUAUACUAUACUCAUUGAAGCCAAGCCUAAAAAUCUACAUGUAUAUAGAAAACAAGACUUGCCUCCUAGACUGCACUAUACCAUGAGUAGACGUAUCUCUCCUAUUGUAAUUUAUUGCGAUCCUGGAUCAUCUAUAGUACGCAGCGAAGCUGAUGCUAAGCUGAUUAGUAGGUUUAUAUAA